AUGAAUGAUUCAUUGUAAAAUGAAAUUUUAACCUUGAAGUAACAAAUCAAGAGUCUUAACUUAAAUUUAUCUAAAUUGUAAGAUGAAAAUGAAUCUCUCAAAUAAAAAAAUACAAAAUUUGAAGAAGAGAUAUAAAAAUAAAGUUAAGAAAAAGAAAGAAUAAAAUAGGAAUGGUUUGAUAACCUAAAUGAAUAAAAAAAUAUUAAUAAAACAUUGUAAGAAUAGCUAAAUAACAAUAAUGAAAUGAUCAAAUAAUUAUUAAAUGAUAAAAAAGAAUUAAAAUAAUAAAAGGAAGAUUAAGAGAAUUUAGUUAAGAAUUUAAAAUAUGAUAAUAGAAAAUAAAUAAUUGAAAUCGAAGAUUUAAAAAUAGAUAAUUUAAACCUUAAAAAUCAAAUAAAGCAACUUUAAACUCUUGUUGAUGAAGCUAAUUCUAAUUCUACAAAUCAAAAAUUAAUUUAAGAAUAAGUUUUUAAAAAAUAAAACUAAAGAUAUAAUGUUGAUUAAAAUAAUUAACAAGAAUAAUUAUUAGUUAAAGCAAAUUUUAAUGUAAAUCAACCUAAUAAAUCAUAAAGUUAAUAUAAACAAUCAGAGAUUAUUGAUAAAGAUUUAUGUCCAUAAGUUCCCUCAACAUAAAAUUAUUUAAAAUAAUAAGAAGAUUUAUAAAAAGAAUAAUAAUAAAAAGUUCCCUCAACAUAAAAUUAUUUAAGAUAAUAAGAAGAUUUAUAAAAAGAAUAAUAAUCAAAAGUUCCCUCAACAUAAAAUUAUUUAAAAUAAUAAGAAGAUUUAUAAAAAGAAUAAUAAUAAAAAGUUCCCUCAACAUAAAAUUAUUUAAGAUAAUAAGAAGAUUUAUAAAAAGAAUAAUAAUCAAAAGUUCCCUCAACAUAAAAUUAUUUAAAAUAAUAAGAAGAUUUAUAAAAAGAAUAAUAAUAAAAAGUUCCCUCAACAUAAAAUUAUUUAAGAUAAUAAGAAGAUUUAUAAAAAGAAUAAUAAUCAAAAGUUCCCUCAACAUAAAAUUAUUUAAAAUAAUAAGAAGAUUUAUAAAAAGAAUAAUAAUAAAAAGUUCCCUCAACAUAAAAUUAUUUAAGAUAAUAAGAAGAUUUAUAAAAAGAAUAAUAAUCAAAAGUUCCCUCAACAUAAAAUUAUUUAAAAUAAUAAGAAGAUUUAUAAAAAGAAUAAUAAUAAAAAGUUCCCUCAACAUAAAAUUAUUUAAGAUAAUAAGAAGAUUUAUAAAAAGAAUAAUAAUCAAAAGUUCCCUCAACAUAAAAUUAUUUAAAAUAAUAAGAAGAUUUAUAAAAAGAAUAAUAAUAAAAAGUUCCCUCAACAUAAAAUUAUUUAAGAUAAUAAGAAGAUUUAUAAAAAGAAUAAUAAUCAAAAGUUCCCUCAACAUAAAAUUAUUUAAAAUAAUAAGAAGAUUUAUAAAAAGAAUAAUAAUAAAUAGUUCCUUCAUCAAAUAUGUUCUAAAGAUAAUAAUAAAUCCCAAAAUUUCAAAUUGAAGAGAUGGAUUAAAACACAGAAUUUUAAAAUUCUUGUGGACAUAAAAUCACAAUAUAAUAAUUAGAAUAAUAACUAAUAUCUGCAUUUUAAUAGAAAAGAGAUCCAAAGUGUCCAAAAUGUUAUUGCAAAUUAUCAAAUUGGUCAAAUUAAUUUCCUCAUUUAUAGAUUAAAGUUAAAGAGGAAAUAAAUAUAUACACUUUAAAAAAAAUUUUAAAAUUUUCAGAGUAUUAAAUAAUAAGAAAAUAAUUGUUAGUAGCUAAGUGUAAAAAUAUAAAAUGUAAUUUCUUUUGUUUUUGGGAUUAGAUGGGUUAAUUUGCAAAUUUAUCUUCAGCCUUUUGUCAAAACUGCGAUUUAGAAAUGGUUUAAAAACCGUAUUGA